AAAAUGUCAAAUUCUCACACGCCCUUUUCCACUCUUCUUCUUCUUCUUCCUCCUCCUUCUCUGUUCCUCACAUGCCUUAUCGCUUAAGCGUUCCUCAAGUUGAAACCUUUUCAUAUCCUUAUAAUUCCCAGAGACCACUUUCACUCGCUGUUCAGAUUCCUCCGUGACAUCGUCUUGUCGUCAUUAUGUUUCAGGCUAUUCGAGAAAUUAACAGGAAUAUUGGCGAGGAGGAAAGAGUAGAAUCUACUUCUCCGACCAGAGAAGAGGAGCCCGAGGGGGUUUUGUUCGGGAAAUACGAGAUUGGCAGGUUUCUCGGCGUUGGAGGUUUCGCCAAGGUUUAUGAAGCUUUCCAUGUUGUUACGAAGCAGAGUGUGGCCAUUAAGGUCGUGAGCAAGCGCAGGAUAGCGGAGGCCCGCCUCACGGCGCAGGUUCAGAGGGAGAUCGCGAUCAUGCACCGGCUGAAUCAUCCCAACAUCGUGAAACUGUACGAGGUCCUCGCCACUAAAACUAAGAUUUACUUUGUCAUGGAGUGUGCUCAUGGCGGCGAGCUGUACGACAGAAUCCUUAAUCACGGCCUCUUUGACGAAGAUCACAGCCGUCGUUGUUUCCAGCAGUUAAUCUCAGCCGUCCAACAUUGCCAUUCUCGCGGCGUGUUUCACCGCGAUUUGAAGCUCGAUAACCUCCUGCUCGACCAGGAUUUGAACCUCAAGGUUUCGGACUUCGGGUUGAGCGCCACGACGGACCAGAUCCGACCCGACGGCAUGCUGCACACUCUCUGUGGGACCCCUGCUUACCUGACCCCCGAGAUGCUCGCCAAGAAAGGCUACGACGGAGAGAAAGUCGAUGUGUGGCAGUGCGGCGUCGUUUUGUACGUGCUCACCGUCGGGUCUUUGCCGUUCAACGAAUCCAACGUGCCCACGCUGUUGAGGAGAAUAUACCGAGGCCAGGUUCGCAUCCCCCGAUGCGUGAAACCCGAUUUGAAACGGUUAAUCAAACGGAUGCUAGACGCGAACCCGAAAACGAGGAUCUCCAUCGAUGAGAUUCUGGAAGACCCGUGGUUCAGAAAAGGGUACAGAGAGAUCAAAGUCCAGCAGAAGAAUCCGGAAUGGGAGGAUGAGGACAGAAACAAGUCCCUGAACGCCUUCCAUUUGAUAUCGUUCUCUUCGGGUUUGGACAUGUCGGGCCUGCUCAUCACCGACCCGGAACCGGAAGUUUCUGGCAGUGUGGAACGCGUCGUUUCGAAGGAGACACCGAAGAGGAUCGUGGAGAUGGUGGAGUCGGUAGCUGAUCGGGACAUAGGGACGGUGACCCGAAAACAGGACGGAUGGGGAGCCAAGAUUGAGGGGCAUAGUGGUAAUUUCGUCAUACUGAUCGGUGUCUACCGGCUAACGGAUGAACUGGUUGUGAUUGAGGUGAAGAAAAAAGAGAAAGACGAAGAAAGUGGUGCAGAAUUCUGGAAAGAGAAAUUAAGGCCUCGAAUUUUAGAAUUAGAGUAUAAACCGGAAUAGCCGGUGAAUAAACUAUGAGAAAUAAGUGGCUUCGCUAUUUUGACGAUUCAGUGAUGCCGGGUAGGUUAUUGCGUUUAGGCAUUAUUAUUAUUAUUAUUAAAUUAUUUAAGUCAUUGUUUUUGGCACAAUAAAUAGUAAUAAGUGCCAACUAUACGUAUAGUGCCAUUUAUCAUUAUGAGUAUGGCUGCGUUAUCAGUUACCACAUCAUGAAAUUUGGACGGUA